AUGGAGGUGCAGUCGGAGAGCUUGGAGCCUCCUGCAGCCCCACCGGGUGACCCCCAGCCCACAGGGAAGAUCAACAAAGCCGCCUUCAAGCUCUUUGGGAAGCGACGCUCUGGCUCUGGAAUGGCCAGCUUUUUCUCCUUCAGAAACAAAGGGGCCAUGAACACCGGGAACAACAGCAAUUCUGACAAUGGGAAUUCUGUGAAUGGGAAUAGCUCUGUGAUAUCGGUGGAGCUUGUUAGGAGCAAAACACACGAUGGGCUAACAGGAGCUAACAACGAGGCUGAUGGACAGAAAGGGGAGGGUCUGGGAGGACAGGAGGCUGGACCGGUGAGGUCUCUCAGCAAAUCAUUAAGCUUCUUCUCUCUGCUUCGACGUGGGAGUAUGAGGGCGAGUGAGAAUGGAGGGGUGGGGCUUGCCAGGAGAGGGAGGGGCCUAAAGGGCUUUUUCAGCAGCAUGCGAUGGAAACGGAAGGAUAAAACAAAUGAGGGGGAGGGGGAGGUGGCUGAGGGGAACAAGGAGAGACAUGGUGAAGUUGCACAUCCUGAUGAGGUAAAGGACAUCACUCUCACCCUUGAACCUCCACCACACCAGUCCCAGGAGGAUCAUAAGAAUUCAGAGGCAGAGUCUGAUCUCCAGGCAGCAGAGACUUCCACAGCCAACAUUGCCAUGACACCCCCACACUGCAUUGCCAUGACGGAGUUGUCCGGUGAGCCAGACUCCCCCUUUCCUUACACACCCACAGACUCACCACUGCGGCCCCCUCAAGCAUGUAAGGCCAAAACCUCCAUUUCUAGCUUCACCCCCUCUCUUGCCACACCCCCUUUGGAUCGUUGUAGUGUAGCAGACCCACCCUCAGAACCCUCAGUAGACCGCCUCUGUUCCCUUCUCUUCAAUGAUGUCACGUCCCUCAAGAGCUUUGAUUCACUGACAGGGUGCGGUGACAUUAUUGCUGACGUGGAGGAGGAGGGGCCAGCAGGCAAUGGAGGCAGUGGCACCAGUAGCAGCAGCAGUGGGGGAGUAGGAGGCAGUAUAGGAGCAGGUUGUGGGAGAGCUGUCACCAGUACCACAUCUCGAGGGUCCCCAGCCAAAUCCUCCUUGCCUUCCCAGUUGACACAUUCUACAUUUACCACCAUCCCCACUUCAGUGCCCACAUCCCUGCCUUCUAGAGCUCGCGGGCCACCUCCACCACAACAGCAUCCAGCUGGUAGUGGGGUUGUAGCAUAUAUGGGUGGUGGGGAGGAAAUGGCGAGCCCAGAAGGGGUUGAUGAUGCAGACAUGCAGGGACUCUGGCAUAUGUUACCCUCAACAGGGGACAACUCUCCUGCUUUACCUCGACCUCACCAACCAACCAUCACCACCCCCACUACCACCCAUCCCCCUCGUUCAGCUGCCACUGCCCCCAGCAGCCACCAGGGUGCAGCACUCAAGAGCACAGACAAGAAGGUCCCUCAGGUUAAAGCACUGGGGCUCAGUAAGAUUCCAGUGGUUGGAGCCGGGGGCCGGGCAGCAAAACCUCCCCUCUCUCACGCACAUGUCCGUAACUCCUCAUCACCCAGUGAAAAGGAACUCCUGAGCGAUGAGGGCUACUGGGACACGCCCUCAGCCACACCCACCGCCACUCCAGAUGAGAGUGGGUUGCAGCGACACCAGAAAAUCCCCCUGUCCCGUGACAGUUGCUCUGGCGACCACCUCUAUGACCUCUACGAUGACCCAAAAGAGGAAAGAGAGGAGGAAGAGGAAGAUGAAGAGGAUGAUCUAACCAGUACUCCUUCUCCUUCCACUGAGUACAAAUUGAGCCCCACCUCCCAGACUACGCCUCCUUCCUCCUCCUCUUCUUUGUCCUUCCGCUCCAUGAAAGGAAGCAGCAGCCUGCCUCGUGAAUCCAAAAUCCCAGUAAGUGUCAGACAGGCCACACCUCCACACUCUGUAAGCCAAUCAGCUCUCUCGUCUGUCCUUGAAACGGAUGUCCCACCGCCAAUGACCAAAGCACCUCGUACCAGAAUCCCUGUAUCCAAGGUGCCCGUUCGUCGUUCUGGAAACCAACAUGGCGGCACUACCAGAGGAACUGCCCAUAAGAAGUAA